UGCCAGAAGCCAGCUGCAGCCUGCAGGCACGAGCGAGAAAGACGAUCGAGCUGCCAGAAGGAGAAGAAGAGAUCGAGAGGAGGAAGGGGGCGCGCGACCGGUCGAUCAUGGGGAGGCCGCCGUGCUGCGACAAGGUGGGCGUGAAGAAGGGGCCGUGGACGCCGGAGGAGGACAUCAUCCUGGUGUCCUACAUCCAGGAGAACGGCCCGGGGAACUGGCGGGCGGUGCCCAUCAACACCGGCCUCAUGCGCUGCAGCAAGAGCUGCCGCCUCCGCUGGACCAACUACCUCCGCCCCGGCAUCCGCCGCGGCAACUUCACCACGCACGAGGAAGGCAUCAUCGUCCACCUCCAGUCCCUCCUUGGCAACAGAUGGGCCGCGAUCGCGUCUUACCUGCCACAGAGGACGGACAACGACAUCAAGAACUACUGGAACACGCACCUCAAGAAGAAGCUCAAGAAGCAGCAGGCCCUGGGCGCCAUCUUCGCGCCGCCGCCACCGCCCUCCAGCUCCGCCGAGACAGCCGCCAACCUCCCCGCAGCCGUCCAUCUAGACCACCACCACCACCGAUACCAUCAUGACGCGAUCGCCGCCUCCAGCUCCACGGUGGACCACGGCUGCUACGCGGCGUGCAGCAACCCGGAGGUCACCCAGCAGCACACGACGAUCACCAUGCGCCGCUCGCCAUUCGCCGACGUCGCCACCGACUGCUCCUCGUCUUCCUACGCCUCCAGCAUGGACAACAUAUCCAGGCUCCUCGACGGUUUCAUGAAGAGCUCCCCGCCCACCGCCACCGACGUCAAACCCAACAUAGCCGUGUUCAGCGACCCUUUCAUGUCCUUCGACCGCAUGACCGGCGCCGGCGCGGGGCUGGCUUUCGUCCCUGGCGUUCAGCAGCAGCAGCAGCAGAUGCCGGUGUUAAUGGGGGGCAUGAUCUAUGAUGAUGAGGCCACGGGACAGCAGCAGCAGCUCCAACAUCAGUUGCCACUGUGUUCGAUCGAGAAGUGGCUUCUCGACGAGGCGGCGGAGCAGGUCGCUGACCUGAUGGAGCUCUCCGACGGUGACUGCUCCUCCCUGCCAUUGCUAUACUAGCCAGUACGUACUACUGUGGUACUAGCUGGAAAAGGCAAACCAACGAACCAUGCCACUUUCCCAAAUACAUACUGUAGUUAAUUACAUGCAUACACAUCUAUAUAUAAUAGACAGGUUAAGUAAUUUCUGUUUAGUUACAUGUUCUAGCUAGCUUCUUGGAGAUCGCUCCGAUGACACCAUCAAAUUACCAGAGAGAACACUCCCUGGAAGAGAGACUAAGUAGUUAUUCAGAGAGACGAUUACUAAUGGUGCAUGGGAUGGGAUGAUGAGAAGAAAGCCAGGUUGUUGCCAGAAGGAACAAGACAGUAACAGGAAAUAAAUAACAGGCGAGACGUUACGUAUGAUCUGCAAGCAUGAUGCGGCUAAGGGUUGUCAUGUCUGUUCUUGAAUAUAGUUUUUUGUGGCGAAAUUUAUUUUUGUUUCUGGGUGAUAUGUACACUUGCUAGCUGAAGUGUUUCGGCUUAGCUUACCCGUUGUUGAAUUGUACGUAGUAUGAACAUAAGUCAGUGAAGCCUCCUGUUUUUGUCUUGAUUCUAGUUGAUUCUGCAACGACUUGUACUUUUCCUGGUCAUGUACGGUGUGACAUGAAUGCUACCCAAAUUUGUUAGCAGAAAAAAAACUAGAGAGGGAAAGGGGGGAUAUGUCCGUCUCGGCAACGG